AGCAUGAACUAGGACAUGAUCGCCCCCUGAAGGCCUGAAGGCCGAAUUGCUGCAAUAACAAGCAGCCUUUCACUUACUUUCACUUUUAAGCAAUGGAGUCUUUGACAGCGAGGGAGAAAUUUCUACUAGUUCAAGAGGGUUUUAGAGAGAAUGCCUUGAAGAUCAUAACCCAAAUGUUGGCUUGGUCCAAUACCACUCCAGGAAGCAAACACUUGGUGGAUGAGAUACUUCACAGCAUCUUCUUUCUCGGAGGAAUCAAUAAACCAAAAUAUGAGCCUAAAGAUAUUGUUACUGACGACAAUAUGAUGAACAUGUUGAAGGGGCAAUACCCUCGACCUCUACAGUAUUAUGUGUCCCAACUUCCGAAGCGAAGCCCAUUCUCCUGCGUGCUGGACAUGAUUGUCCUGCAGGAAGGAAAGAGUCAAAUAGACAAAAUAAAAGAGCGUGUGCAUGAAUUCGCCGACCGUCUGAAACCAGGCUUCCUGGUCUCCACCACCAUGUGUGUUACUACCUGUAAGACAUCCAACAGCAACUACUAUGGAGUGUCCAUGUCCACUACUGGUCCUAAUGCUGGGAAAAUCGUGAUUGCUGCAUCCAGCUUGAGCACUUGGGAAGAAUAUGUGGCUGGUGCAGUGAUGACCUACUAUCCAGAGAAAGCCAGCGAGAAAUAUAAAAAGAAGGAAUAUUUUGACGGAACCAUCAAACUUCCUCUGGAUAAGGUCACAUGUCAGGCUUCUAACAUCAAGAAUCAAACCAACAUGGAACCUUGCAGAUCAUGUGGGAAUUUGUUUGGUCUCCCCACAAAGGACACAAAGGAGUGGCCCUACGGUCACUGUGCUGAAGUUGGGAGUGUGAGCAACUUGCUUAAAGCAGAGAAAGCUGUUAAAGAGGCAGCUGCACCAACAUCUCCCACAUACACAGCAGAGAACAGAGAGAAGGCUGAAGCCAGUGUUCGCAUGGUGCUUAAGCAGGUGCUGAAGAUGGUGGAUUUUAAGUGGGUCGGUGACGUGUUUUACGAACCACAAAACUGAGCUUAGGAACUAAUUUACUGCAGCUUUUUAUCAUCCGUUCUAAUGGUUUCUUAUGAUUAUACUCUUCAGUUACAACUGUGAGGCCAAUUAUGUGUUAUUGCUUACAAUGAAACAUGGAAUAUAUGCAGAAAACCUAUUAAUUAAUUAUAUUAUAUCACUGAUGGUCAAUGUUUUAACUUGAACUAUGGGGACCUUUGCUUUUAAAUAUCAGCUACUGCGAUGUAAAAUUGAACAGGCGGUAACAACAAUAUAAUGUACAAUUAAUGAAAAAUAUCCAGAAUAAAGCUACACAUGAAUCAUGAUAAAAUGA